AUGGGCAGCGAAACGAAAAUCUCCCCAUCAUUUCAAUCCUCAAAAACGUCCUCUUGCCUCUUUAUGCCUCAUCCCACAUGGUCCGAUCGCGAACUCACCAACAGUGGGAUGAAUUUCAUACAUCUCACCCAAACACUUGUUGAUUCUUUCAACGCCCUUGCCGAUGAAGUCCAGAUCCUGACCGACAGGAAGACUGUCCUGGAACAUAAGCUUAGAUUCGCCCACGAGCAGUACCAGUAUCUCGCCGACAAACAUGCCCCUGCUGCUCCCGAAAUCUCCGAAGUAUUGGCAAAGUUGCAGCUACCGCCCGAACUCGCAAACCCAUCACUAGAAGAAGCGUCGCAAGCAGUACCUCUUCCGAAGCGUAGCAAGCUGGACACCCGAAACCAAAUCGCUCUCAUCAUCCGAGACGGCCGGCGCGUCGCCCAGCAACUAUCUACGAUCGGGGACACGAGCAAGACGAGUGACUCUAGCAGACAGACAUCUUCCCGCGAAGCCCAGACCGGAACCUCCAUGUCAACUGUGCUCGAGCAGGACUUUACAAUCGAGGGCAAGAAGGGGCACCUAGAAUGCCCUUUCUCUGCACCAAAGGCGGAUGGCGCUGAUGCGGAUGCGCACAGCGCGGAGAACGGGUCGCAGAACCCCACGCCGCACCAUUCUCCCGACCCCAUUUGCGCUGCCAUGGCCGAAGAAUCCACGUCUCAGGCAGCUGUCAACGGGUCGCCCGCGAAAUGUCCCAUUCGGUACCUAGACCAGCACUCUCCCGAAGAGAUUGCGCACUACGUUGAAACGCAUAAACACGAGCUACCUCGCAGUCAUGAAGUUUGUGUGAGAAGAUACCAGAAGAACGAGGUACAGAUCAAGAAGUUGGAUGCAAAGUACGGUAACUUGGUCAACAUGAUCCAGGGGCUUAGCGCGCUUCACCAGCCCAUGCUGCCAUCCUCGCAACAGGAGCAGGAAGAGAUCGACCGGGCUUCGAACGAGAGGGUUCAUAACUGGGCAAAGGCCGUCACUGCUACGGCCACUGACGAUGCCGAACAGUCUCAACCAGCCCCCGUGGAUGCUGAAGAAGCCCGGCAGAGUCAUUUCGACCGACCCCUCAAGGAGGUUCGAGUGGGCGAAUCACCCAGCCGACCGUGGGGCAUUUCUGUUCCAGUCUAUGAGCCCAACGGUCUAGAUGAUGAAGAACGUCCUUUAUCGCCACCGCCCGCCCCGGUAUUUAUGCCAACUGGCUCGGAUGUCGAGGAAACACCAGCAAAGACGGGCAAAUGCCCCUUCGACCAUACGAAAAUGGCGGCAAUGAGCGCAGCCCGCGAAGAACCCCCGCCGUUCUCGCCCCCACCGGCACCCAUGUUUAUGCCCAACGGAAUGAGCGAAAACGCAUCCCCACCGAAGGCCGCAGGCAAAUGCCCCUUUGAUCAUGCUCAACUCGCCGCCAUGGGCUUCACCUCGCCUACCCCGAAUACUGGCGAGCAGACUUUUGUGCACCCAGAUCCUUCGCCGGUUGAGCUCCCAUCGACGCCAGUCAAGCCCCAGCUGUCACAUAGCCCUCCUCCACCACAGCCAACCUUCAUCAACCCGCCUCUAGAUGCACACAAAGACAUCAAUCCAGGUGGUGUUCCACAAAUGGUUUUCACUGGCCCUGUUUUUAUUGGCUACCCCAUCGAACAGGCAAUUCAGUUCAUGCAGCAUUUCCAAGGAAAGCAAUAA